AUGAACGUGGAGACUCAGGAAGGGAAGAGGGAACAGUGGAGCUCUAAAACAGAGUUCCUCCUCACAGUUUGUGGUAACGUGGUCGGCCUGGGAAAUGUAUGGAGGUUCCCCUAUCUCUGCUAUAAGAAUGGUGGAGGUGAGUUACAUUUGGGGAAUCCCCCAUAUGGGUCUUUCUAUAAGUUAGGGUGGCAGUGAGGAUUUUUUUGUAGUGGACUGUUUAGGGCUGUUACAAAGUCAUUUAUAAAACUCUGUAACUUCUUUCAUGUUACAACAUUAACAUUUAAAGAGGGAACAUAGUUGAAUCAAAACCUACAAUACCAGUCAAAAGUUUGGACACACCUACUCAUUCAAGGAUUUUUCUUUAUUUUUACUAUUUUCUACAUUGUAGGAUAGUAGUGAAGGCAUCUAAACUAUGAAAUAACACAUAUGGAAUCAUGUAGUAACCAAAAAAGUGUUAAAAAAAUCAAAAUAUAUUUUAUAUUUGAGUUUCUUCAAAGUAGCCACCCUUUGCCUUGAUGACAGCAUUGCACACACUUGGCAUUCUCUCAACCAGCUUCAUGAGGUAGUCACUUGGAAUGCAUUUCAAUUAACAGGUGUGCCUUUUUAAAAGUUCAUUUGUGGAAUUUCUUUCCUUCUUAAUGCGUUUGAGCUAAUCAGUUGUGUUGUGACAAGGUAGGGUUGGUAUUCAGAUGAUGUCCCUAUUUGGUAAAAGACCAAGUCCAUAUUAUGGCAAGAACAGCUCAAAUAAGCAAAGAGAAACGGCAGUCCAUCAUUACUUUAAGACAUGAAGGUCAAUCAAUACGGAACAUUUCAAGAAAUGUUAACGUUUCUUCGAGAGCAGUCGCAAAAACCAUCAAGCGCUAUGAUGAAACUGGCUCUCAUGAGGACCACCACAGGAAUGGAAGACCCAGAGUUACCUCUGCUGCAAAGGAUAAGUUCAUUAGAGUUACCAGCCUCAGAAAUUGCAGCCCAAAUAAAUGCUUCACAGAGUUCAAGUAACAGACACAUCUCAACAUCAACUCUUCAGAGGAGACUGCGUUUAUCAGGCCUUCAUGGUCAAAUUGCUGCAAAGAAACCACUACUAAAGGACACCAAUAAGAAGAAGAGACUUGCUUGGGCCAAGAAACACGAGCAAUGGAUAUUAGACCGGUGGAAAUCUGUCCUUUGGUCUGGAGUCCAAAUUGGAGAUUUUUGGUUCCAACCGCCAUGUCUUUGUGAGACGGAGUGUAGGUGAACGGAUGAUUUCCGCAUGUGUAGUUCCCACCGUAAAGCAUGGAGGAGGAGGUGUUUUGGUGUUUGCCAAAAGGCACAAUAUAGUAGCCAUAUCUAGGAAAACCACAGUUCCAAAUGCUGGGCCUAAUAUUGUGUAUAAGAGGUCAUGCAAUACGUUUUGCAGUGAUUCCUAUGUUGUUGAUGUAAAGAAUAUAUGUUGGUCCGUGGUGUGUAAUGAGAAGCAAACAGACACUGCACUUGAUACAUUUAUGAAAUUGCUUAUUCCAGUUACUAAUAAGCAUGCACCCAUUAAGAAAAUGACUGUAAAAACGGUUAAAUCCCAGUGGAUUGAUGAGGAAUUGAAAAAUGUUAUGGUUAUGAGGGAUGAGGCAAAGGGAAUGGCAAAUAAGUCUGGCUGCACAACCGAUUGGCAAACGUAUUGCAAAUUGAAAAAUCAUGUGACUAAACUGAAUAAAAAUAAGAAGAAACUACACUAUGAAACAAAGAUAAAUGACAUAAAGAAUGAUAGCUUUGGAGCACCUUAAAUGACAUUUUAGGAAAAAAGGCAAACUCAGCUCCAUCAUUCAUUGAAUCAGAUGGCUCAUACAUCACAAAACCAACUGAUAUUGCCAACUACUUUAAUGAAUUUUUCAUUGGCAAGAUUAGCAAACUUAUGCAUGACAUGCCAGCAACAAUUGCUGAUACUACACAUCCAAGUAUAUCUGACCAAAUUAUGAAAGACAAGCAUUGUAAUUUUGAAUUCCGUAAAGUGAGUGUGGAAGAGGUGACAAAAUUAUUGUUUAUCAACAAUGACAAGCCACCGGGGUCUGACAACUUGGAUGGAAAAUUACUGAAUAUAAUAGCGGACGAUAUUGCCACUCCUAUUUGCCAUAUUUUCAAUUUAAGCCUACUAGAAUGUGUGUGCCCCCAGGCUUGGAGGGAAGCAAAAGUAAUUCCGCUACCUAGUAAAGCCCCCUUUACUGGCUCAAAUAGCCGACCAAUUACCCUGUUACAACCCUUAGUAAACUAUUUGAAAAAAUUAUGUUUGACCAGACACAAUGCUAUUUUACAGUAAACAAAUUGACAACAAACUUUCAGCAUGCUUAUUGAGAAGGACAUUCAACAAGCACAGCACUUACACAAAUGACUGAUGAUUGGCUGAGAGAAAUUGAUAAUAAAAAGAUUGUGGGGGCUGUUUUGUUAGACUUCAGUGUGGCUUUUGACAUUAUCGAUCAUAGUCUGCUGCUGGAAAAACCUAUGUGUUAUGGCUUUACUCCCCCUGCUAUAUUGUGGACACAGAAUUACCUAUCUAUCAGAACACAGAGGGUGUUCUUUAAUAAAAGCCUCUCCAACAUAUUCCAGGUAGAAUCAGGAAUUCCCCAGGGCAGCUGUCUAGGCCCAUUACUUUUUUCAAUCUUUACUAAUGACAUGCCACUGGCUUUGAGUAAUGCCAGAGUGUCUAUGUAUGCGGAUGACUCAACACUAUACAUGUCAGCUACUACAGCGACUGAAAUGAAUGCAACACUUAACAAAGAGUUGCAGUUCAUUUCAGAGUGGGUGGCAAGGAAUAAGUUAGUCCUAAAUAUUUCUAAAACUAAAAGCAUUGUAUUUGGGACAAAUCAUUCACUAAACCCUACACCUCAACUAAAUCUUGUAAUAAAUAAUGUGGAAAUUGAGCAAGUUGAGGUGACUAAACUGCUUGGAGUAACCCUGGAUUGUAAACUGUAAUGGUCAAAACACAUUGAUACAACAGUAGCUAAGAUGGGGAGAAGUAUAUCCAUAAUAAAGCGCUACUCUACCUUCUUAACAGCACUAUCAACAAGGCAGGUCCGACAGGCCCUAGUUUUGUCACACCUGGACUACUGUUCAGUCGUGUGGUCAGGUGCCACAAAAAAUGACUUAAGAAAAUUGCAAUUGGUUCAGAACAGGGCAGCACUGCUGGCCCUUGUAUGUACACAGAGAGCUAAUAUUAAUAAUAUGCAUGUCAAUCUCUCCUGGCUCAAAGUGGAGGAGAGAUUGACUUCAUCACUACUUGUAUUUAUGAGAGGUAUUGACAUGUGAAUGCACAGAGUUGUCUGUUUGAACUACUGGCGCACAGCUCAGACACCCAUGCAUACCCCACAAGACAUGCCACCAGAGGUCUCUUCACAGUCCCCAAGUCCAGAACAGACUAUAUGAGGCGCACAGUACUACAUACAGCCAUGACUACAUGGAACUCUAUUCCACAUCAAGUAACUGAUGCAAGUAGUCAAAUUAGAUUUUAAAAACAGAUUUAAAAAAACACCUUAUGGAACAUCGGGGACUGUGAAGCAACACAAACAUAGGCACAGACACAUGCAUACACACACACGAUAACAUACACACUAUACACACACGUACACAUGGAUUUUGUACUGUAGAUAUGUGGUAGUGGUGGAGUAGGGGCCUGAGGACACAUAGUGUGUUGUGAAAUCUGUGAAUGUAUUGUAAUGUUUUAAAAAUUGUAUGAACUGCCUUAAUUUUGCUGGACCCCAUAAUAAAAUACAAAUACCUAAAGGACUCAAUAUUGAACUAUUUGGCCUGAAUACCAAGCAUCACGUCUGGAAGAAACCUGGCACCACCCCCUACGGUGAAGCAUGGUGGCGGCAGCAUCAUGCUGUGGGGAUGUUUUUCAGCGGCAGGGACUGGGAGACUAGUCAGGAUCGAGGGAAAGAUGAACGGAGCAAAGUACAGAGAGAUCCUUGAUGAAAACCUGCUCCAGAGCGUUCAGGACCUCAGACUGGGGCGAAGGUUCACCUUCCAACAGGACAAUGACCCAAAGCACACAGCCAAGACAACGCAAGAGUGCCUUCGGGAAAGGUCUCUGAAUGUCCUUGAGUGGCCCAGCCAGAGCUCGGACUUGAACCUGAUCGAACAUCUCUGCAGAGACCUGAAAAUAGCUGUGCAGCGUCGUUCCCAUCCAACCUGACAGAGCUUGAGAGGAUCUGCAGAGAAGAAUGGGAGAAACUCCCCAAAUACAGGUGUGCCAAGCUUGUAGCGUCAUACCCAAGAAGACUCGAGGCUGUAAUCGCUGCCAAAGGUGUUUCAACAAAGUACUGAGUAAUGGGUCUGAAUACUUAUGGAAAUAUGAUAUUUCAGUUUUUUACUUUUAAUACAUUUGAAAACAUUUCUAAAAACCUGUUUUUGCUUUGUCAUUAGGUGGUAUUGUGUGUAGAUUGAUGAGGGGGAAAAAAACACUUUAAUCAAUUUUAGAAUAAGGCUGUAACAUAACAAAAUGUGGAAAAAGUAAAGGGGUCUGAGUACUUUCCGAAUGCACUGUAGAUAUAAGUGAAAAUAUGUAACGUUUGAAAUGUGGCCAUAGAAACCAUGACCAAAAACUGACGUCUUAUCAAUGUCCAUAAAAUACUUACUUUCAACUUUAAUUUACAACCGAAAAUGAACGUGAGUUUAACGUCCGUAAAAUACGUAUUUUCAACGUAAUUUUGCUAAUUGAAGUUGAUAAUCUGCUGUUGUCUGCUUGAUUUACAGCAGGGUCUAGUUACAUUUUACAGAAAAAGCAUAAAGGUAAUGAGGUCAUGUUUUCAUGUUUCUAUAAGUUGGCUUGGACACCGAGUCUAGCUGUGUACAAUUGUGUAGGAUGCAGGUUGACGUUUAUUGUCAUGAGUCUUGUCCUGGAGGCAGAACUGAGCGAUUUCCCAUUAGAUAGGCCAGCUGCAAAGUCAAAAUUGGCUAUAUCGUAAAAAUUAAGGAAAACAAAAAUGAGCUUUUUGGUUGUAAUUUAAGGUUAGGCAUUAGAGUUAGCAGUGUGGUUAACUUUAGGGUUAAGGUAAGGGUUAGGUUUAAAAUCAGAUUUUAUGACUUUGUGGCUGUGCCAGCUAUAGUGACCAAGCUGCCUCCAGAACAUGAUUCAUGAUGAAAAAAACGCUAACCUGUGUGCAGCAUAGGCUAUUGCGCAACACCCAACGCUUUUUCCUUCCAUUAUUCAGGAUAUUUAGAAUGACAACACGACACAGUAGCCUAGUAUGCUUAUUCACAAAAUGAUAUUGUGAUAGGGCUACGAAAUGACAUAACAAAGACAUUUUGGUGUCCAUGUUACAUUUACAUUUACAUUUUAGUCAUUUAGCAGACGCUCUUAUCCAGAGCGACUUACAGUUAGUGAGUGCAUACAUUUUUCAUACUACUCCUGCAAUGAUAAAGGUCACAGUGCCUUCAGAAAGUAUUCCACAUUUUGUGUUACAGCCUGAAUUCAAAAUGGACACACAAUACCCCAUAAUGACAAAGUGGAAACAUGUUUUUAGACAUUUUUGCAAAUGUAUUGACAUUUAAAUAUAGUAUUCACACCCCUGUUAAAAUCACCUUUAGCAGCAAUUUCAGCUGUGAGUAUUUCUGGGUAAGUCUCUAAGAGCUUUGCACACCUGGAUUGUACAGUAUUUGCGAAUUUUUUUUUUUUUAUUCUUCAAGCUCUGUCAUGUUGGUUGUUGAUCAUUGCUAGACAGCCAUUUUCAAGUCUUGCCAUAGAUUUUCAAGCCGAUUUAAGUCAAAACUGUAACUAGGCCACUCAUGAACAUUCAAUGAUGUCUUGUUAAGCAACUCCAGUGUAUAUUUGGCCUUGUGUUUUAGGUUAUUGUCCUGCUGAAAGGUGAAUUUGACUGAACCAUGUUUUCCUCUAUGAUUUUGCCUGUACUUAGCUUUAUUCUGUUUCUUUUUAUCCUAAAAAACGCCCUAGUCCUUGCUGAUCACAAGCAUACCCAUAACAUGAUGCAGCCACCACCAUGAUUGAAAAUAUGAAGAGUGGUACUCAGUGAUGUGUUGUGCUGGAUUUGCCCCAAACAUAAGGCUUUGUAUUCAGGACAUAAAGUUAAUAAAGCAUUUUUUUUUUGUUGCAGUUUUACUUUAGUGCCUUAUUGCAAACAGGAUGCAUGUUUUGGAAUAUUUUUUAUUCUGUACAGGCUUCCGUCUUUUCACUCUGUCAUUUAGGUUAGUAUUGUGGAGUAACUACAAUGUUGUUGAUUCAUCCUCAGUUUUCUCCUGUCACAGCCAUUGAACACUGUAACUGUUUUAAAGUCACCAUUGGCCUCAUGGUGAAAUCCCAGAUUAUUUUUUUUACCCAACUACCAAUAGGUUCCCUUCUUUGGAAAACCUCUUUGGUCUUUGUGGUUGAAUCUGUAUUUGAAAUUCACAACUCGACUAAGGGACCUUACAGAUAAUUGUAUGUGUGGCGUACAGAGAUGAGUCAGUCAUUAAAAAAUCAUGUUAAACACUAUUAUUGCACACAGAGUCCAUGCAAUUUAUGUGACUUGUUAGGCAAAUUUCUACUCCUGAACUUAUUUAGGCUUGCCAUAACAAAGGGGUUGAAUACUUAUUGACUCAAGACAUUUCAGCUUUUCAUUUUUAAUUACUUUGUAAACAUUUCUAGAAACAUGAUUCCACUUUGACAUUAUGGCGUAUUGUGUGUAGGCCAGUGACACAAAAUCUCAAUGUAAUCCAUUUUUAAUUAAGGCUGUAACACAACAAAAUGUGGAAAAGGUUAAGGGGUGUGAAUAUUUUUUGAAAUAUCCAUAUUUCUUAAAAAAGUGGGUUAAGUAAAGAUACCAGUUACCAGUAUGAAUAUAAAUUAGCCAAUAAAAGGGAGCUUGGUUAGGGUCUAUAGGGCGCAAAAUCACUAGUAGCCUGUCUAUAUUGCGAGUUCACAACAUACAUGUAUGUGUCUGUUCUUAGGUGCCUUCCUUGUACCCUACCUACUGUACGUUGGGCUAUGUGGUCUUCCUCUGUUCCUUCUCGAGACAUCAAUCGGUCAGUACACCCAACAGGGCAUCGUCACCUGCUGGAGGAGCUUAUGUCCGCUUGCUGAAGGUGAGAUGUUUCCAUACUCCUUCAUUCUACUACAGGCCAAAAGCUUAAAGGGAUAGUUCACCCGAAUUACCAAAUUACAUAUUGUUUUCAUUACCCUGUAAGCAAUCCAUGCUUUCUCCUUGUCCAAAGACUUAUACAGAGAAAAUAAAUCAAUAUUUCAGUGAACUAUCCCUUUAAUGUCCCGCCUCAUAUUACGUGUUAAUUCUCCGCAGGUGUUGGCAGGGCAGAGCUUCUCAUCCUGAUCUAUGACUCUAUCAUUUACCUCGUGAUCCUGGCAUGGACUCUCUUCUACCUGGUGUUCUCUUUCAGUUCUCAGCUACCCUGGGCCAGCUGUGGCAACACCUGGAACACAGGUAGGUAGGCCUACAUUCUCUGCAUGGGAGUAAAACAUAGGUUACAUUUUACCAGAAAACAAUGAUACACAAAGUUGGGAACAUAAAUAUAUACUGUAUAUAUGUUUUUGGGAGAGAAUUCCAUUUGACUUUAAUUACUUUUUUAUUAGAUCAAUGUGUGGAUUUCACUUCACUAAACCAUACAGCAAACUGGACCUCAAAAAUCACCACUACUUCUGCUGCCACUGAGUUCUGGGAGUAAGUAGCCUGCCCCACACAACACAAAGCAGCAUAAGAUAAAUACUGUAUAUGAAAACCCUGCAAGACCUCCCUUUAAUAAUUAUCUUACUCUAAAAUGAUGUACAAUAUCUGAAAUGGCACCUAUUCCCUAGAAUAAAAAAUGGUGCACUACUUUUGUCCAGUGCCCGCAUGUGAAAUGUAUUGCACUAUAUAAGGAAUAGGGUACCAUUUUAGAUGCAACUUAAAUGUAGCUUGAUCAGAAAGUGUCCCUCUAGCCCUGUUUAUACCGGGUGCUAACAUGCGACCUUUGUCCUCAUCUUGCCCACAUCUUUAGACAGAUGUAGAUGAUUAAAAGACACAUUGAUCUUCCUAACCACCUCCGGAGGUAGUCAGGCAUUGUGUCUGGAUUUCUUACAAGUCUAGAUGGAUAUGGACAGUGAAACCAUUUCAAUCAUCAUCAUCCCACCCUCUAAAAUCAUUGACAGGUGGCACCAUUUAUAGGCCUAUGUCCUAAAAUAAAUAAAACUUUUUGAAUUAAUAUCUGUCAAAUAAUUUGCAUACAGGGAGGGACCAGGAAAUCUGUUCACAAUUUGGACACAGUGGACAGUACACUAUACCAUAUGUAGACGCAUGUCUGAAAAUGUGGGCACAAUCAGAAUGUGGAUAAGAUCAGGACAAAGGACGCAUGUUCGCACUAGGGUUUAACACCGGUAACCAGAAUCCCAAUAUUGCCAGAUGAAGUUCCUUCCCAAUUGCCAAGAAAAAAUUAUAAUAUGAGACCUCGGACAAGUAAUAAUUUGUAUGCCGCACUAAUGCAAAAACACAAAAUAUGCAGGUGCGAAUAGCUGCAUAAAACAAACAUCAACUCUCUGGCUUUUUUCAUACAUUAGACCAGACAUCACAAUGCUAGCGGCCUACCAUAUUUACUCAACAUAAAGUCCCCAAUAGAAAACAUCACUUACUUGCAUGGCUUCUAUAAAUUGCAUUGCUGACUAUCAUGUGUAGGCGACCUCUCGACGCAGUUACGGUAGGAAAUCUCCAUCUCACAGUCAUGGUAGGAAAUCUCCAUCUCACAUUCACAAAUCUCCAAUCUAGCUGUGUGGCACUGGCAGAGGCUCCAGAAUAUACUGUGGCUAGGCUACUCACUGUUUCCAAAAUGGCUGAUAAAAUUUUUCCAUGUUAGACUAAUAAAAGUGAGAGCACGGGCUUGACUAGUCACCAGGUAUAAACGGGGCUUCUGUUGCCCUCCCCCAGGCGUCGUGUGUUGGCUAUCUCUGGAGGCAUUGAGGAGGUGGGCAGUGUAAGAUGGGAGCUGAUGCUCUGUCUCCUCGCCUGUUGGGCUGUCUGCUACUUCUGUAUCUGGAAAGGAAUCAGGUACUCAGGAAAGGUCUGUAUAAGAGUUUCUGUAUAUCUUACUACUAUACAUGAUUACACCAGUAAAUGUUAAAUUACUUCACACAUCCAUGGAACUACCAUAAAUCUGAUUGUUUAGUUACAGGUGGUAAUUGUGCUAUGGUGGUAAGUUUUGUUUUCGUCCAUACUGUCCCCAUUUCAUUAGGUGGUGUAUUUCACUGCCACAUUUCCCUAUCUGAUGCUCUUGGUGUUGCUGGUGAGAGGGUUGACUUUACCUGGAGCUUGGGAGGGGGUUCAGUUUUACCUGUAUCCAGACCCUGUCCGCCUUGCAGACCCCCAAGUAAACAUUUGCACCAUUUCAUUUGCACAUUCAUUGAAGAACAAUUUCAAGCUACACUAUGAUCAAGCCUUUGCAUUCCACACAAUUUCAGUCUGUUGAAUUUCUACAUGCACUAAUGAAUCUCUCACCAAACAGGUCUGGAUGGAAGCAGGAACUCAGGUGUUCUUCUCCUACUGUAUUGGACGGGGCAGUCAAACUGUUUUGGGAAGCUUCAACAAAUACAACAAUAACUGUUACAUGUAAGACUGUUCAGUUUUGAUGAUACAUUUUUUUUUUCUCAAAACACCUACAGUGAGGGAAAAAAGUAUUUGAUCCCCUGCUGAUUUUGUAAGUUUGCCCACUGACAAAGAAAUGAUCAGUCUAUAAUUUUAAUGGUAGGUUUAUUUGAACAGUGAGAGACAGAAUAACAACAAAAAAAUCCAGAAAAACGCAUGUCAAAAAUGUUAUAAAUUGAUUUGCAUUUUAAUGAGGGAAAUAAGUAUUUGACCCCCUCUCAAUCAGAAAGAUUUCUGGCUCCCAGAUGUCUUUUAUACAGGUAACGAGCUGAGAUUAGGAGCACACUCUUAAAGGGGUGCUCCUAAUCUCAGCUUGUUACCUGUAUAAAAGACACCUGUCCACAGAAGCAAUCAAUCAAUCAGAUUCCAAACUCUCCACCAUGGCCAAGACCAAAGAGCUCUCCAAGGAUGUCAGGGACAAGAUUGUAGACCUACACAAGGCUGGAAUGGGCUACAAGACCAUCGCCAAGCAGCUUGGUGAGAAGGUGACAACAGUUGGUGUGAUUAUUCGCAAAUGGAAGAAACACAAAAGAACUGUCAAUCUCCCUCGGCCUGGGGCUCCAUGCAAUAUCUCACCUCGUGGAGUUGCAAUGAUCAUGAGAACGGUGAGGAAUCAGCCCAGAACUACACGGGAGGAUCUUGUCAAUGAUCUCAAGGCAGCUGGGACCAUAGUCACCAAGAAAACAAUUGGUAACACACUACGCCGUGAAGGACUGAAAUCCUGCAGCGCCCGCAAGGUCCCCCUGCUCAAGAAAGCACAUAUACAUGCCCGUCUGAAGUUUGCCAAUGAACAUCAGAAUGAUUCAGAGGAGAACUGUAUGAAAGUGUUGUGGUCAGAUGAGACCAAAAUGGAGCUCUUUGGCAUCAACUCAACUCGCCGUGUUUGGAGGAGGAGGAAUGCUGCCUAUGACCCCAAGAACACCACCCCCACCAUCAAACAUGGAGGUGGAAACAUUAUGCUUUGGGGGUGUUUUUCUGCUAAGGGGAGAGGACAACUUCACCGCAUCAAAGGAACGAUGGACGGGGCCAAGUACCGUCAAAUCUAGGGUGAGAACCUCAUUCCCUCAGCCAGGGCAUUGAAAAUGGGUCGUGGAUGGGUAUUCCAGCAUGACAAUGACCCAAAACACACGGCCAAGGCAACAAAGAGUGGCUCAAGAAGAAGCACAUUAAUGUCCUGGAGUGGCCUAGCCAGUCUCCAGACCUUCAUCCCAUAGAAACUCUGUGGAGGGAGCUGAAGGUUCGAGUUGCCAAACGUCAGCCUCGAAACCUUAAUGACUUGGAGAAGAUCUGCAAAGAGGAGUGGGACAAAAUCCCUCCUGAGAUGUGUGCAAACCUGGUGGCCAACUACAAGAAACGUCUGACCUCUGUGAUUGCCAACAAGGGUUUUGCCACCAAGUACUAAGUCAUGUUUUGCAGAGGGGUCAAAUGCUUAUUUCCCUCAUUAAAAUGCAAAUCAAUUUAUAACAUAUUUGACAUGCGUGUUUCUGGAUUUUUUUGUUGCUAUUCUGUCUCUGACUCAAAUAAACCUACCAUUAAAAUUAUAGACUGAUCAUUUCUUUGUCAGUGGGCAAACGUACAAAAUCAGCAGGGGAUCAAAUACUUUUUUCCCUCACUGUAUACUGCAAUGGAUAUGUAGAAUUUAAAUCAGAACAACUUAUUCCAAUUUUAUUAGUUUGACCAAUUUUAUUAGUUUGACCGCAGUUAUAAUUAGCAUAUUUUAUGUCCAUUCAGGGACAGCUUUUGGCUGUGUCUGCUGAAUGGUUGUACCAGUUUUGUGGCCGGAUUUGCAGUCUUCUCAGUGCUGGGAUUCAUGGCACAGAAACAGGGUGUUUCUGUCGCGAUGGUGGCAGAGUCAGGUAUGGUGUGGCCAUCACAGUUGCCUUCUGUUACAGCUCUGUGCUUGUCAAAAACAUGUAAAAAUGUUUUACGGAUGCAGUCAGCUCAGCAUACCACAGCAUUAUUUAGGGUAAUCAUCAGUGCUUUAAAUGCAAUGCUUAAAUGCUCAAUUUGAAUGUGAAAAUGAUGAAUGCAUUUAACAUUUUCGCAUUCCAAUUGAGCAUUUAAAACAUUUGCAUUCAUAAUUCUCACAUUCCAAUUGAGCAUUUAAGCACUGCAUUUCUACUUUUCACAUUCCAAUUCAGCAUUGCAUUUUAGAAUUGGCACUGAUAACCAUCCAUAAUGUUGUAGCAUACUGAGCCAGGACAUGCACACGAAAAACUGCAUCUGUAUCAUAUGCAAAACGUACUUCAUGCUCAAUUUCCAUUGCUAAGAGUUAUUUUCCUCCUAUUCCUGUUUACUGUUGCUCCUAGGUCCUGGUUUGGCGUUCAUCGCCUUCCCCCAGGCAGCAGCCAUGAUGCCCUUCCCACAGCUCUGGACGGUCUGCUUCUUCUUCAUGCUUCUUCUGCUGGGAAUAGACACACAGGUACCUAAAGACCAUGCCCAGCUAACACAGAAUGUUCUUGUAACAUUCCCUUAAGGUUCUCUUUUGGUUAUUUGACAAAUAACUUUCCCACAACGUCCUGGGAACCAAACUUUGUUAGCUGGGUGUGGUCUACAUGCAACAGUUAAUCAAAAAUGGGUUGUGUUGAUCCCACAAUGUACUGUAUCUUGAUGUCACUUUUAUCUUCCUUUUCUAUUUCAGUUUGUCAUAAUGGAGGGAGUGAUAACCUCUUUCACAGACUUGUUUCCUGUUACACUGCGAAGGCCAAGAUAUCGAGAGGGCUUUGUGCUCCUCUUCUGUCUCUCCUGCUUCCUCAUACAGCUGACUCUGAUCACAGAGGUGAGACAUUGAAUUAGCUUCCUAAUCAACUGUUUUAGACUCUCUGUCCAGAUAUGUGAAUAAAGUCGUGCCCUCUGCACACUGGCGUGUCUAGGCCCAGACUGCAAGGUAAAGAAUGUUCCAUAACAAUCAUUAUCUGGAAGUGUUGCAAUGACUACAAUGUUGAUUUACUGACUUCACUGCCUAAUUGUCUUCAGUGAUAUUGUGUAUGAUUUCUUCCAUGUGCUCGAUCUCUGAUUCUACACUUCCCACCUGAAUAUGAAAAUUCUCAACAUGUUUAGGCACUGAACAGGAUCAGAGAUAAUAUUGCAGAUAGAUUUGUGGCUUCCAUCAAUGUAAUUGUCUGCAUCAUUUCCAAUCCCCCAUAUAUUUUUUGGGAAAAUAUAUACACUACCGUUCAAAAGUUUGGGGUCACUUAGAAAUGUCCUUGUUCUUGAAAGAAAUUUUAAAAAAUGGUCCAUUAAAAUAAAAUAGAUCAGAAAUACAGUGUAGACAUUGUUAAUGUUGUAAAUGGCUAUUGUAGCUGGAAACGGCUGAUUUUUUUAUGGAAUAUAUACACACACAGAGGCCCAUUAUCAGCAACCAUCAGUCCUGUGUUCCAAUGGCACGUUGUGUUUGCUAAUCCAAAUUUAUCAUUUUAAAAGGCUAAUUGAUCAUUAGAAAACCCUUUUGCAAUUAGAGUGUCUAGUUUGAGAAACAGACGGCUCACAGGUCCUCAACACCAGUCUCAACGUCAACAGUGAAGAGGCGACUCCGGGAUGCUGACGUAGGCAGAGUUGCAAAGAAAAAGCCAUUGCUCAGACUGGCCAAUAAAAAUUAAAGAUGGGCAAAAGAACACAGACACUGGACUUUUUCUUUGCAACUCUGCCUAGGUCAGCAUCCCGGAGUCGCCUCUUCACUGUUGACGUUGAGACUGAUGUUUUGCGGGUACUAUUUAAUGAAGCUGCCAGUUGAGGACCUGUGAGGCGUCUGUUUCUCAUACUAGACACUCUAAUGUAUUUGUCCUCUUGCUCAAUUGUGCACCGGGGCCUCCCACUCCUCUUUCUAUUCUGGUUAGAGACAGUUUGUACUGUUCUGUGAAGUGAGUAGUACACAGCGUUGUAGAGAUCUUCAGUUUCUUGGCAAUUUCUCACAUGGAAUAGCCUUCAUUUCUCAGAACAAGAAUAAACUGACGAGUUUCAGAAGAAAGUUCUUUGUUUCUGGCCAUUUUGAGCCUGUAAUCGAACCCACAAUUGCUGAUGCUCCAGAUACUCAAGUAGUCUCAAGAAGGUUUUAUUGCUUCUUUAAUCAGCACAACAGUUUUCAGCUAACAUAAUUGCAAAAGGGUUUUCUAAUGAUCAAUUAGCCUUUUAAAAUGAUAAACUUGGAUUAGCAAACACAACGUGCCAUUGGAACACAGGACUGAUGGUUGCUGAUAAUGGGCCUCUACGCCUAUGUAGAUAUUCCAUUAAAAAUCAGCAGUUUCCAGCUACAAUAGCCAUUUACAACAUUAACAAUAUCUACACUGCAUUUCUGAUCAAUUUGAUGUUAUUUUAAUGGACAAAAAAAUUGCUUUUCUUUCAAUAACAAGGACAUUUCUAAGUGACCCCAAACUUUUGAACGGUAGUGUAUAUUUAUUUUAUUUAUAUAUUUUCCUUUAUUAUUUUCCCCUAACCCUACCACCCCUCCCUUAAUUGGAGUAAACUAAUGGACAACAACACUUAGGCUUCUACUUCCAGCUUAUACAUACAACAUACAUUUUACGGACACAGUAUAUUUUACAAUAGUUAUCUUUUGGGUUUUUUUUGUCCCUUCAGCUACCCUCAACCCCUCCCAUCUAUCUCUGAACACCAUCCAGUUUUGAUUUGUACAGGACAUUUUUGGGGUUCUUCUAAUAUACAGGGAGGGAUCUUCGUGUUCCAGCUCAUUGAUUACUACGGCUGCAGUGGAGCCUGUGUCCUUUUUGUGGCUGUGUUUGAGUCACUGGCAGUGGGAUGGAUCUUUGGUAAGUGUAAAUCCACUUUUUCCACCCUGGUCAUGAUGCUGGAAAUACAUUAGCCUUCAUUUCAAGCACUGGAGUUGUAGUGGUUAAAAAACCCCAUUACACUUUACACAACCACUCAGUUUUUGUAAUCAUUUGGUAUGUAAACUGGCUUCCUCUCAUUGUCUCCUUGACUUGAGGUCAUAGCCGCGGGAACAACCUUUUUGGCCAAAGUGGAGAUGCUGAUUUUUGUUGUUGUUGUCUGCGCUACAGAUGUCUAUAUCGGUCUGCUAAUACUAGUAAAGGCCCAGUGCACUACUUUUGUGAACAUUUAUUUUAUAAACAUUUUUUAUUCUAAUUUUUCAGGGUGUGCUGAGCAGCAUAAUUGUUUCCAUAUUUUGUCUUUAUUUUAUAAACAUUUUUUAUUCUAAGUUUAGAAAAUAAAUACAAAAUAUUGAAACAAUUAUUUUUUCACAAAAGUAGUGCACUGGGCCUUUACUAGUAUUAGCAGACCAAUAUAGACAUCUUUAGCGUAGACAACAACAACAAAAAUCAGCAUCUCCACUUUGGCAAAAAAAAGUAGUUGUAUAAUUAAGAACAGUAUCUUGCAGGAUUCAAUAGUUGGAAUUGUAAGAGUAGUUGCCCUGUCCCUUUCUCUGUUAUUGUCAUCCUAAUGGAAUUCAGAAAGAACAAAACCCUGUCCUCAAACAUAUACCUCAAAAGCUGCAAAGUUAUGGGCAAAGACACGAAACAUCCACAUCAAAUUGAGUAUUUUUGUUGAUCAAAUAACAUGGAAAAAAACCACUUUUUGUGCAGUAUUAAUUUACCAUCCUUACAAACCACUUAAUGUAAAUGUAUUACUGUAUUGUACAUAGGCUUGGCAUCUAGGUUUGUACCUGUAGACGUUCCAUCACCAUGAAGAAAAACAAUGCACAAUACAGUAAUUGACUACAUUGUAACAUCAAGUGGUUUGGGAUGAUGUGAUGUGGCUCAGUUGGUAGAGCAUGGCGCUUGCAAUGCUAGGGUUGUGGAUUCGAUUCCCGCAGGGGACCUGUAUGAAAAUGUAUGCACUCACUACUGUAAGUUGUUCUGGAUAAGACUGUCUACUAAAAAGGACUGCAGCACCUAAACUACUUCCCGUGGCUAUGCGUGAGUUGUCAGUAAACCUGUUUUAAAAUCCCCAGGGGCAGAUCACAUGGAGGAUGCCAUUAAGGACAUGACUGCACAGAGACCGUGUGUCCUCUUCAGACUGUGCUGGCGUUACUUCACCCCACUUGUGUCUCUGGUGAGUCAGAUUGGUGAUCUGAUGGUGCUUGUGGUAAAUAUUUAAAGCUGUAUAUCUUAUAAAAGUAGACAUAUGGCUAGAUUCAAUCCGUAGCGCAGAUGAUUGAAAUGUAAAGUUAAUUUCUGAUUGAACCGACAUUACUGUAUGCAGCAUUUACCAUGAAUGCAGCCUCCGCCCACGCUGGAACAUUUCCUUUAAAUUUAAAUUGUGCGGAUCUUCCGUGCUAUGGCUUGAAUCUAGGCCUUACUCAUUGGGUGCUUUGCUUUUCCUCCAUAUCUUCCUAGAGUUCCUUCAUCUUACACAUGGUGGACUACAAGCCCCUCAGGUUUAACCGCUGGUAUGUGUACCCAGACUGGGCCUAUGCACUGGGCUGGGCCAUGGCCCUCUCCUCCAUCCUCCUGGUGCCACUGUGGGGGAUUGGCAAGAUCUGUGUUGGCACAGGCAGCCUCAGGCAGGUUAGUACUUAGUCAAAUACACACAUUUCAGUCAUUUAGCAGAUGCUCUUAUCCAGAGCAAUUAGGGUUAAGUGCCUUGCUCAAGGGCACAUCAACAUAUUUUUCACCUAGUCGGCUCUGGGAUUCGAACCAGCAAUUUUUCGGUUACUGGCCCAACGCUCUUAACUGCUAGGCUACCUGCCGCUCUUGUCAAAUACAACAUAAUAAUACAUGUAUUUAAUAGAGAAGGGAUGCUGAGAAUUAUACUCUUAAAGGGAAACAGAUUCUGGCAUUUAAGCCCUUGUUCUACUUACCCAGAUGAACUAGUGGAUGCCAUUUUUGGGUAACAUUGCUACUGUAGCUGUAGACUUCCAUUGCGCUAACGCUAGUUAGUAGUUUCACGAGCCAAUGCUAACUUCCUUCAUGCAGACAUGAAAAUGGUAUCCACGAGUUCAUCGGACUCUGGGUAAGUAGAUAAUUUUUAGUCACAUGCACAGGGUCGCAAUGUAGUUGCAGUGUACAGUCAAAUUCGUAAGAGCCGAGGUCCAACAAUGCAGGUGUGAAUGAAACAAUAUAUACAUGUUUACAACUGCCGAUAAAUAUAUACAAGUCCAUCGGGGUAAUUGUCAGUUGGGGGGGGUAAUAAGAGCAGCGAAUCAGAAAGAUAAAUGUCCAUUGGGGUGGGGGCAGGGUAGAUAAUGAGGGGGGAAGGUAGCUGAGUAGUGGUGGCUUUUCAGCAGCCUGAUGGUUUGGGGGUAGAAGCCAUUGGCCAGUCUUUGUUUUAGCCAUUAAAGUAGAAGGGCUUAAAUGCCAGAAUCUCGUAGUAUCCAUUUAACAGUAUUAAAUGUUUUUGGUAUAUGAUGGUGCCAGUGUGAAACUAAGCUGCAUAUGUAAAAUGAUUGUUUUAACCAUCCCAUGUAAUAUCCUUUUUUAGCGUUUGGCUGUCCUCUGUCACCCUAAUGAUGAACUCCCUCUGACCCGGAAGGGGAAACGUGGAAAAAGAGAUGGACACACAGAAGUGGAGACAUUUAAGAUAAAUUGACCACAGAAUCCAAGAGCUCUGCAAUAGGGCAGUGCUGUUAGUUUGAAAGCUUGUAUUUUUUAUUAAAAAACU